UACCAUGUUUUAGAAAGAAUGGAGCAGCAAGUCAUCAUUUGUGAGCCAAUGUUGACGCACGCCGUCUGAUUUCUAAUACAUCAUCAACAAGGACGUGUAAGAAGCUUUGCGUUAUAUAUUUCGGAACUUUGAGGCAAUUAGAGGCUAUUACACAACCGGAUUGAAAAAGCUCAAAUAUUACAGCUAUAGAAACAAGCAAAAAGUAUUGACCGAAAUGUAUAAACGGUUGUUUACAGGUAGCAGAAAAUACCAAGAAGGCAAUCCUGAUAUACAACAAGCAAAUCAGCAAAAGUGGAAACCAUUAGCCCCUAGUGACAAUGCCGUGGCGUUUCGUUCUGCUCAGUUCAGUGAGCUUCGUGGGAAUGUACCUUCUCCAACAAAGGUAUUCAGAAAAGCCCUGCUAAAUUAUGUCAAAUCAACCAGACGCAAUCAGCCAAAUUCAAGAAAGUACAUCGUUAUGAUUGAUGAGUAUUUCACAAGUCAAAUAUGUCCCAGAUGUCAUACAAGAAGUACUUCCAACCAACGUGAUAACUCCAAUAUGAUGAUCCAUCCAAGAUCACAUGGCGAGUCUCAACAUACGCUCUAUCUUUUUGUAUAUGGCUGCCAACGACAACAAUCGACCUGAAGAGUUUCGACAGGGCCUGAACAAUUGAAUAACAUUAUGUCCUGUAUAGCAGCAAGACACCCUAUAUUUACAGGUAAGUUGACCUAUUGAAUAAAAGUUUUCAUUCACCCAAAAAUUAAAAGUAUCUUCAUAUGUCCCAUUUCCGUAUCGCUGUCCUACUUUCGUGUCUCUGUCCCA